UCCUCUCCUCUCCUCUCUCCCUCUUCCUCUUCCUCUCCUUUCUCUUUCUCUGCCCAUUCUCUGUUUCCAAUUUCUUCGUUGGUUUUGUCCCUUCCUCACCUGCUCGAGUCUCGUCUCUGCACCACCCCUUUCUCAGUCUGUGUCCCUUAUGUCCUACUAGGUCACCCUCCGUCACGCCUUGUGGCUCGAGAUUGCUUCUUGUCGUCGGAAACGAGAGCAAGUGUGAGUGUGUGAGAGAGUUGUGCUCUCGGUAAAUAGUUUUUGUUUGCUUGUUUGGUUGGUUGGUUUUUGGAUAGAUUUCGUGCCGGUAGAUUAUCAGCAAUUCUAGAUCGUCGAGUUUCUCAUCCGCUUCGUGGAGUCACAGUCGAAGCGAUUGACUUUUAGAAAACAUCCUUCGCUUUGCUUCUCUUCUGUUCUUCUUUUGCCUCAACAACUUAAUUUCUACAUCUGGAGAGCGAGUGAGUCAAUCAGCCGCUUCUCGUUACCUGAACGAGCUGCCUUUACCGGCAUCCAUUUCUGUUCCUAACCUUUAUCUUAGCACCUUGAUAUCUUCAGUGUCGGUGAGAGGGCGGCAAGUCCCUGUUUUUCUGGGCUUCGACGUCCUGUGGCUGGCCUUCGCCUUCGCUACAUCGAUUAGUCGAUCUUUUUGGAAGGCAAGAGCAGGGCCGGAAGCGGGUCGGUGGAUUGAUACGCGCAGACACCUGGAAUUUCGUACGAUUUAUAUUCAAAAGCAGGCAUCUUAAUUGGGAGAUGGGGAAUGGUCCAUCUAAAGAGGAGCAGCUCUAUCAGGCUGUAACCCAGUCAAAUCAUCAAGCUGUGAAAACUCUGAAGCGAGAUGGUGCUUCCUUGGAGUAUGUCGACAAAGAAGGCCGGACACCGCUUAUUCUUGCAUGUACGCGUGGAGACCUUUAUGACAUGGUGAUAACAUUGCUUAAUGAGGGAGCCAAGCUUGAUGCUUACAGACCUGGAACUCAUGGUGGCUUCCCUCUACAUCAUGCCGCGAAGAGGGGUCUUGAUAAGACUGUUCUUCUCUUACUUUCGCGAGGAGCGGAUCCACUUGCUAUCAAUGAUGAUGGAUUGACACCUCUAGACAUGGCAAGACAAAGAACUCAAAUUUCGGUCGUACGAAUCAUUGAGGAGCGUAUAUGUCUCUUCAGUGGCAUGAUGCGCGAGCUAGCGGGACCAGGAUUUCUGGAAACCGUUAUGGCGCAGCUUUUCACCAAAAAGAUUUGGGUGGUCGUAUUACCUACGGAAUCAGACUCACGACGGGCCUGCAGAAAUGAGCUGGUGAUUUAUCAGUCUCCCAAGGUACGUCUUUGGAAUGGGGGAGUGAACUCUCCUACGUUGCCUUCAGCUUGCAAAACUGCGAUUCCACGGACAGUUAUCUCGUUAGCCAAGGCUGAAGUGGAGGAACCUAAGUUUAAUUUGGCCGAUCCUCAAUUGGUAAUUACGGCCACGGACAAGAAUACAAAGGUGAAGUUCAAGUUCCUAUCAGAAAUUGAGGGUGAUAAAGCUCAGCUCGAAAGGCUUUACAAAGCUUGCGCCAAGGGGUUACGCCAGACUGGAACUACAUCAUCAACCCAGCCAGGUCUACCAUCACAAGUCGCUUUGCAAGGUCUGCAGGCGCUUAUCCGUCCCUCGGGUGUACAGCCCUCUGCGCCUAAUAAUCAAGUGGCAUUAUUACCUCCCCCUCCCCCUCCUCCUGUACGUCAGCCUCCUCCUCUGCCUCCGCCAGUUGCGAGCGGGGAGCCAAUUCUUGGGUAUGGCCCACCUCCUCCAAAGCGCAGACCUGCCCCUCCUCCUCCCGUCCCUCCGCCAACUGGCAAAGGAAAGCCAAGCAAAAUUGUCGAUGAUGAGAUGUCAGAAUCGCUCGCCUUAGCCUUGGCAAUAGAUGCAUCCAUACGCACUGCCUCAGAAGAAGGGAUCCCCUUGUCUCCAACAGCCCAUCCCUCAUCUUCAUGGGAUAGUGGUCAAAGUAGUUAUGGUCCAUCUGAUAUGAAGAAGGGAGAUACGUCAGACUUUGGUGGCUGGGCUGAUGAUGCUGAGCAGGGUAGCUUCAGCGGUUGGGCUCGUGGUUCGAGUACUGGAGCUGGACCGUCCAAAGUUCGCAACUCAUCCGAUACGAGCUCUAGUUCAUCCGAUUCCAGGCCUGGAAGCACGAAACCAAGCAGUUCAAGGCCUGCUAGCUCUCCAACACAGUCUUCACAACAUAGUGAUGUUCCCUUGCCCUCACCCUCACCCUCGGCCCCACCUCUUCCUUCAGCUCCCCCUCUUCCAUUGUUAGAGGGCCCAAUUCACUAUCCCUCCGUGGAUAUGACACCAGUUCAGAUUGACUACACAAAUAACUUAGCGAUCGUGGCAGUUCCGCCUAGUGAGCAAAAGACCGAGAAAAUCCCGGAGGAAAAGAUUGGUGGAGGACAGUGCGUGGUAUGCUGGGAUGCACCUGCGCAAGCUGUCUGUAUUCCGUGUGGUCACCUAGCAGGUUGCAUGAGUUGCCUAACAGAGAUAAAAUCGAAAGACUGGGGAUGUCCUGUGUGUCGGGCACCCAUUCAGCAAGUUGUGAAAGUCUAUGCCGUGUAAAUGUUUUCUUGUAGCUAGCUGUGUACCAAAAAGAGGUAUAGUAGAUUAUGGUUGUACCGUGUUAAUAUGAAAAGGUAAAUGAAGCUGGUCUUGAGAAGUUCAGCUUUCAAUCCAUUGUGAACUUCAGCAAAUUUUUUAAUUAACCUGUUUAUAGAGGUCGCUUGAAAUCUUACUUUCAUGUUUCUGUAUCGGUGGUUUAUACCACCAAGUCCAAUUUGCCUGCUCAACUCUGGCUACAGUGUGAUUACAUUACAGUUCUAAAGAGAAAAAGUGCAGGCAGUGGAAUCCUCCAAGUCUGGGCAUGAAAGCUUAUGAUUCCUACAUAGCAAAGAAGUUCAAAAGAUAUAGCUGUCUGUGAGCGUUUAUCACGGUCCUGCCUCGUGACAUCUUUCUAGGCUAGAAGUAGAUACAGACCCAGCGUGGUGACACUUGGGUGUCCCCGGUGUACAUAUGUGGAAGUGUAGUACAGAUCUCUACAGGAAUUAGCUUAGCAUUGCCUGUGAAAGGCGCAUUCUCUUGUUUCGGUUAUUUAUCCAAUUUAUGCAAACAGUAUUAUACCA